CGAUCUCCCGUCCCCCAUGCCUGAGAGCUCUUCUCUCUUCCAGGUGAGGACAUAGACGAGCUCGCCGCUGCGGUCGAUCUUCUCCUCCCUGGAGAAAAAAUAGCAGUCAUCUUCCGUGUUCUCCCGGAUUUCCCAGUAUACCUGCUGCUUGUUCCUGUUGUUGCAUCCAUACUAAGAUCUUCCUUCACUCUUUUUUUUUUGCGAGUGAAGAUCUUCCUUCUCAUAGUCAAAGGUCAAUUAUUUCUCAUAGCCAAACAUAUAUAUGUGGAAGCAAUCCAAACGCACACCGCACAAAAUUCAAACUCAGAGACAAAUGAGUGUGGCAGGUAUAGCAUUAGCAGCCCUGCUGCAGCUUCUGGCCACCAUGUUGGUGCUAGUGUCGGCCGACGUAGCGUUGCCCAACUGCAGCAACAGAUGCGGCAACAUAGCCGUGCCUUACCCAUUCGGCGUCGGUGCCGGGUGCCACCAUGAGGGCUUCGAGCUUACCUGCAACGACACGUACCAUCCACCAAAGCUCUUCAUGAACAGCUCCGGAUUCGAAGUGCUUGAAAUUUUAAGACAUUAAAACUGAGCACUAAUCGAGCCCUCUCGGGCCAUUACCGUUUCAUACCAUUGGAUGUGUGUUGUGGAUGUCCGUGGCCGUUAGAUUUCAUUCUAAUCCUGACCUUUUGCUGAGCUUCGAGCGCUGCAUGUUUAGGCCGCUGCUUCCGUAACAAAUUCGGUGAUCUGAUGUAAACUUCAGCCAAAUGGGCUUGGGCCAAGCAUGUUGUAGCCGCAUAGCCACGGCCGCCCCUCCUCCCCCGUUCGCAUUCUUCUCGCUUGAUUCUCUCUCUCUCGUUUGCCUGCUCCCCUCCCCGACCUCUUGUUGUUUCGAGAUGCGCGAAGGAACCAGCGAUCCACACAUCAGCAUUGCGCGCCUAGGGAGUAAGAGCAUCUCCGGCCGCGCCCCCAACAGGCCCCCCCCAAGGCGAUUUUUUAGCGCUGGUGGCCGAAAAUCAGCCCAGUCGCGUCCCCGGGAUCUCGUUUAGCGCCGGUUUGGGCGAAAUCCAGAGCCGGCGAUCCCACCCAGAACCCAAAAGGCCGGGUGUCGCCUGGGCGCGCCGGCACAAGCGAAAAGCGGCAUGGGCCCGCUCUGUCGGCGACUGGAAGCCCUUUUCCCGUCAUUUCCUCCCGCGCUCACCGCUCUCUUCUCCAUUCCUCCCGCCAAUCCCCCGCCUCCUCCCUGCCGUUCCGCCAGCCAUGCCGCCUAAGAAGUACGUGAUGCCACGCGCCGCGAUGGAUCCCACCGCCGCCGCCGCCCAGCCGAAGCAAAGGAAGCCGAGGGUUCCACUCUCCAAGCCCCCCGGCAUGACCAAUGCCGAGUGGAAGGCGGAUGUGGAGCGCCAGGAGGCCUUCACCGCCGAUAGGCGCAACAGGGCCAAGAAGGCGAGGGAAAAAGCGGCGUACGUUGCAGCGGCGGUGGCGGCGGAGCGUGUCGCCGAACAGGCGGAGGUGGCGCGCGCGGCGAUGGCAAAUCCACCCGAUGGGCACCCGUACGUGGCCUGGAGCCAGCAGAGCGUCGACUCUCCGGCCGGGUUCUCGUCGUCGCCGCACCCAUGGAGCACGCUGUUGCCAGGCUAUGCUGAUGGGGAUGCUCACGGUGGUUUCAACCCCAACAUCACGUUCCCCCACGGGCGUCGUUCCCAGCGCACGCCCUCGCCCGCGUUCGCCGGCCUGCAGUACCCGCCUUACACGUACUCGCCGCCGGACUACGCAGCCUCACCGACGCCCCCUCUUCGCCGCGGCCUGUACUCGCAAGCCUCGUCCAUGUCGCAUCUCAGCGACGCCGGCACGACGGAGGCCGACAUGGACGACAUCAUCGCAACCGGCUUGGCUGCCGCCGCCGCUUCCCCCGGAUUCACUACGCAGGACGGCUCAAUUGACCUCGCUGACAUGGACGGCGAGGAAGAGCCGGAGGAGGAGGAAGAAGAGGUGGAGGAGCCGGCGCCGACGAAGAAAGGCAAGAAGAAGAAGAAGAAGAAGAAGAUGGCGGCCAAGUCCGGCGAGCCGCGCAUCAAAUGGGCGUCCAAGGAAGAGGAGUGCCUCGCCGAAGCGUGGAAGGUCGUCUACCUCGACCCAGUCACUAGCACGAAUCAGAGCAUCGAGACGUACUGGGACCGCAUCAAGGCCGAGUUUGACGAGCGGAAGCUUGUCGACCCCUACUUCAAAGACAUGCUUGAUAUGAAGCAGGGGUCGAAGGGGAUGGCGAACCAUUGGUCACUCUUCCAAACGGCGUGCAACAAAUGGCAUGUGAUCGUCGAGGAGGUCGCGGCUCGCCCGAAGAGCGGCACCAGCGUCUAGGAUCAGGUAUCGCACGCCGUUCUUUCGCUCCGCGAGCGCUCUUUCGCCUUGUACGCGCCUUGGCGCGCG